AUGUUCCGCAAGAUAGCGAUUGACGAGGCUUUGAUCUCAGCUUUUGUGGAGAGGUGGCAGCCAGACACGAACACCUUCCACUUGCCUUUUGGAGAGAUGACGAUCCUCCUCCACGAUGUUCAGUACUUACUGCAGAUUCCUGUUGAGGGACGACUGAUGAGUAGGACUUCUGCGCAGCUUGACCAUCCGGAGGUGGGUUUGUGUGUGCUUCUUGGGAUGAACUCGGAGCAGUUGAGUGGUCGUUCGGAGGCCCCUGAAUAUGGUAAUAGGGGUAAGUGGUACGAGAAGGGUGGUUUUCUUGCGGAGAUGGCGUCCAGAUACUUGCAGGUGAACGGGACACAUGUGACAGAGGCGCAAUCGUACUUGUUGUUGUUGUUGGGGUCCACUUUGUUUGUGGACAAGAGUAGAGACAGGGUUCGGCCGGUGGUGAACCUAUUUUUGGACGAGUUGGAGGAGAUAGAUCAGUACAGUUGGGCAUCAGGUACACUUGCUUGGUUGUACAGAUACCUUGGUCAGGCGUCUCGUGCUGGUGCCAGGGGGGUGGCUGGUUGUCUCACACUUCUGCAAUGUUGGAUCUACGAGUACUUUCCAGGUUUCAGGCCAUCUCACUUUGAGCCACCUGUCGUUGGACCUGAUGAGGCUUGGGCUUCACGAUGGAUUGGGCAGCCGGCACCUGGUUCUGUGGCUGAUCCCAGUGUGAGGUUGGUGUUCUACCGUCGAGCUCUUGACAGGUUGACCCCUUCUGAUGUGUUUUGGACACCUUUCCAUCAGAGGCCUCAUCAGGCAGUGCGUCGCUCUUUGUACACUGGAGUGAUCCGGUUCGCUGAUAUAGGCGAGUUCUAUGAUCCAGCCCGUUGCCUCCGACAGUUUGGAUACCGACAGAUGGUACCGCCUCCCCCUUCGCGUCCUCAGCGAGCAGACCGACCAGAGGCACCUAGUGGAUAUGUCAUUCGGAUUCCUGAGAGUUUUGAUGCUACAUGGGAUGCUCUGCUAUCCCACAUGGUUCAUAUAGACAUGUACUCUCAGCCCUGGACGACGUAUCCAUAUGAGACUACGAUCGACUAUCUUGACUGGUUUGUGGCGCACUCUCAUUGUAGAGUCCUACGAGAUGAUGGAGAUGCAGAUCGACUAGUUGACUCCGCAGUGGUAAGAUUUGACCACUAG